AUGCAGAUGGCAUUGGAGGAGAUGAGGGAGGAGGAGAUGAGGCAGGAGCAACUAGGGGGGAUUCAGAUGGCGUUGGACGAGAUGAGGGAGGAGGAGAUGAGGGAGGAGAUGAGGCAGGAGCAACUAGGGUGGAUGCAGAUGGCAUUGGAGGAGAUGAGGGAGGAGGAGAUGAGGCAGGAGCAACUAGGGGGGAUUCAGAUGGCGUUGGACGAGAUGAGGGAGGAGGAGAUGAGGGAGGAGAUGAGGCAGGAGCAACUAGGGUGGAUGCAGAUGGCAUUGGAGGAGAUGAGGGAGGAGGAGAUGAGGCAGGAGCAACUAGGGGGGAUUCAGAUGGCGUUGGACGAGAUGAGGGAGGAGGAGAUGAGGGAGGAGAUGAGGCAGGAGCAACUAGGGUGGAUGCAGAUGGCGUUGGAGGAGAUGAGGGAGGAGGAGAUGAGGGAGGAGAUGAGGCAGGAGCAACUAGGGUGGAUGCAGAUGGCAUUGGAGGAGAUGAGGGAGGAGGAGAUGAGGGAGGAGAUAAGGCAGGAGCAACUAGGGUGGAUGCAGAUGGCAUUGGAGGAGAUGAGGGAGGAGAUAAGGCAGGAGCAACUAGGGUGGAUGCAGAUGGCGUUGGAGGAGAUGAGGGAGGAGGAGAUGAGGGAGGAGAUGAGGCAGGAGCAACUAGGGUGGAUGCAGAUGGCGUUGGAGGAGAUGAGGGAGGAGGAGAUGAGGGAGGAGAUGAGGCAGGAGCAACUAGGGUGGAUUCAGAUGGCGUUGGACGAGAUGAGGGAGGAGGAGAUGAGGCAGGAGCAACAAGGGUGGAUGAUGAGGGUGUUUGAGGCAAGGAGGCAGUUGUUAAUUUAUGAGGAAUCCGUGGUUGUUGUGGCACAAAAUGUUUGA